AUGAAAAGAGCCUCCAGCUUUAAGAAGCCCUCGCUAGGAGCCGCGUCCCAGAGGAAGAAAGCGAGUCCCAAGCUGGAGCUCACCGAGGAGCAGAAGCAGGAGAUCCGGGAGGCUUUCGACCUGUUUGACACAGACGGCACCGGGAACAUAGAUGUUAAGGAGCUAAAGGUGGCCAUGAGAGCACUAGGUUUUGAACCUAAAAAAGAAGAGAUCAAGAAAAUGAUAUCAGAUAUCGAUAAGGAAGGAACAGGAAAAUUUGUAUGA